GGCUGCCAUAACACGGCUCCGCUCAGACAGGCGGGUGGGCAGGCAGGCAGGCGAGGGGGGGGGGAAGCGCAUCCUCGGAGAUAACUGCUGGAAACAUGAUCAUCAGGGAAACAUAGACGCGUUAUUCGUCUCCGGUCAGAUGAUUCGACAACUUCAUGUUUUUUGUUGCGUUAUUCUCCAAAGGACGUAACGCGAGAGACAGACGUCGGGUCCGUGCAGGAAGAGACACACGCAGACAUCAUCAGCCGCUGCGCCGUGUGAGGCGAGGUCAUCGCAGAGUACCACGGUUCCCAUGAUCCUCGGUGGCUUGAUCCCAAUCGAAAGCUUUCAAAACGACCUACCUCAGUCAUCUCUUCAUCCAGCACUGUAAUCGAUAUGUGAGGAUGUGAGGAGGAGAAGGACUGAGGGUAGAAAACCUCAAUAAAUCCAACCAAGAAAGGAACUGGGAUCACAUGGCUGCUAUGGACCGACGGGUCAACUGAUACCUGAUCACACUGGCUUUGCUUGGAAGUUGACAAUGGUGUUGUUUCUGAUUGGGAUCUCUAUUGCUGUGAAUAAUUCAUCUCAUGAAAACCAAACUGCAGGAAACCCCACCCAUCAGGGUGCUCAUGUGCUGCCGUCAACACUGGUCAUUUCCCUGCUUCUUAUCAUCAUUGUCUUGCUGACAAUCUACUGUCUGAGGUUCAAAAACCACGGGAAAGCUCUAGUUACCUCGGUGGAUAAAAAGAUUCCAAAUGGCUUCUUGGAGGAACAAGGAGAGCAGACAGUGGUCCUCCUUCCCAGAUCUCCCUCGCCAUCCAAGAGGUACUUCCCCAUCCCUCUGGACUCGCUGGAGGAGGAGUACCGGAUACGCUCCGCUGACGAUGGCAAGCUCUUCAGAGAGGAGUUCAAUUCGCUGCCGUGUUACUACCACCACGGGUCCUUUGAGGAGGCGAGCAGAGAGCACAACAGAGAGAAAAACAGAUACCCAAACAUUUUACCAUAUGAUCAUUCAAGAGUGUUGUUAAGUCAUCUUGAUGGACAUCUGUGUUCAGACUACAUAAACGCAUCUUACAUUGAUGGUUUUAAAGAGAAGAACAAAUUCAUUGCAGCUCAAGGCCCAAAGCUUGAAACAGUGGCCGACUUCUGGCGGAUGAUUUGGGAACAGAAAACAGCAACUAUAGUAAUGCUGACAAAUCUGAAGGAAAGGAAAGAGGACAAAUGUUACCAGUAUUGGCCAGAAAAAGGCUGCUGGAUGUACGGGAACAUCAGGGUGGCGAUGGAGGACUUCACUGUACUGGUGGACUACACCAUCAGAAAAUUUUGUGUUCAAUAUCAGGGCAGCGAUGGUCCCCGAGCUCCGCGGCUGGUCACCCAGCUCCACUUCACUAGCUGGCCGGACUUCGGGGUGCCAUUCUCACCCAUCGGCAUGCUGAAAUUCCUCAAGAAGGUCAAGGCUGUCAAUCCAUCCUAUGCUGGACCCAUUGUUGUGCACUGCAGUGCCGGGGUGGGCAGGACGGGGACAUUCAUUGUCAUUGACAGCAUGAUCGACAUGAUGCACAUGGAACAGAGGGUGGAUGUCUUCGGCUCUGUGAGCAGAAUACGGGAACAGCGCUGUCAGCUCACACAGACAGAUAUGCAGUACUCCUUCAUCUACCAGGCUCUGUUGGAGUACUAUCUGUAUGGAGACACAGAGCUAGAUGUGUGCUCUCUGGAGGGCCAUCUGCAGAGGCUUCACAACACCAGAGCUCCCCACGACAGGCUGGGCCUGGAAGAGGAGUUCAGGAAGCUGACCAACGUCCGCAUAAUGAAGGAGAACAUGAGAACUGGGAACCUUCCUGCCAACAUGAAGAAGAACCGUGUGCUUCAGAUCAUUCCGUAUGAUUUCAACCGAGUAAUACUCUCAGUGAGAAGAGGACAGGAGUUCACCGACUACAUCAAUGCCUCCUUUAUUGAUGGCUACAGGCAGAAGGACUAUUUUAUCGCAACCCAGGGCCCACUGUCUCACACAGUGGAGGACUUCUGGAGGAUGGUGUGGGAGUGGAGGUGUCAUUCAAUCGUUAUGCUCACCGAACUCAAAGAGAGGGAGCAGGAAAAGUGUUUCCAGUAUUGGCCAUCAGAGGGCAGUGUAACAUUUGGAGAUUAUACUGUGGAGCUGACUGGAGACACACAGUGUGAAACCUUCACUCUCAAAGACAUGGUGCUCACAUACAGACCAGAAAAGCAGUCACAACAUGUCCGACACUUCCACUUCCACGGAUGGCCUGAGAUCGGAAUACCAGCCGAGGGAAGAGGGAUGAUUGACAUUAUUGCCGCUGUGCAGAGGCAGCAGCAGCAGUCUGGAAACCGUCCCAUAAUUGUGCACUGCAGCGCUGGUGCGGGUCGGACCGGUACCUUCAUUGCCCUCAGUAACAUUCUGGAGAGGGUGAAAGCUGAAGGCCUCCUGGACGUUUUUCAGACAGUCAAGAGUUUACGCAUGCAGAGACCACACAUGGUUCAGACUGUGGAGCAAUACGACUUCUGCUACAGAGUGGUUCAGGAUUUUGUUGACAUUUUCUCGGACUACGCCAAUUUUAAAUAAUACACGUCAGAUACUGUUGCGUCAAAUUUAUUCUUUUUUUUUUCCUCUGAAUGUUGUUUUCUAAAGCAAGCUCUUUUUACAUUUUGCACUUGAUUACAGAUCAAAAAAAAUAAUUGUAACAUACUGUAAUAUAAUUGAAAACAUCUGUGCUCCAGGAGAGUCUGUCUCUUUUAGGAUUGCUUGAUCUUCAAGUAUCCCAAUGUCAGAGAAAUAGAAAUGAUAGUGGUUUAUUAAUGGGUGGGUUGGGGAAGUUUUAGCAACUUGCAUAUGUUGCAACAUUAUUAAGGUCAAUAAAGGAAUUGUUCAAAUAUAAAUAAUGCGUAUAGAAAUAUAUAUUAUGUAUUGCUCACUACCUGAAAAGCAUCACUAAUGUGUUGUAGAGUCCAUGCAUUCCUUUCUUAUUUCUGCUUUAUUUUCUUACUGGCCACAAUGACUGUGGUUUACAUUAAUCGUAUAUUUUAUGCUGCCCUCUGAACAUGUUUUGAGCGAUAUGAGGAGAAUAAAUUGUGUGUUUGAUAAGUAGGCUAAAAUAAUUACUGCUUUUGCUGAAACAGUAGGUCCUGUCUGACAUGUGACAUCUGAAUCAUAUUUAUGAUCUACUUUGAGCUGAAACAAAAACAACAAAACUCAAGAUACAUUUCAUUCUGUUGGAUGCUGCAAAUGUCCUCACUUCUGUCUGUGAAUAACUUAACAGCUGCUGCCUGUUGCAAUCGUAUUUAACUUCAUCAACUUUCUUGUGUUGCCUGUGGCAAUAUUACUUAGUGGAUUGGCGCCUGACGCUGCAAAAUGACAUUAGCCCACAUUGGAGAAGGCAGAAAAAAAUGUAUUACUACAUCUGAACGUAUCAUUCUUUUAAGCGUUUUACAGCCAAGCACCACCUCCAUCCAUUUGUAUUCACAUUAGCAAGCAGACUUUACACACUUGCAUGUUUGCAUAAAGCAGUGCCAUAUUGAUUAGAAAGACAAUUCUAAUCAUGAAAAACUUGUCACCAAGUGACACAAUUUUAAUACAGAUAAGCCAGAUGUUUGUGUUUAAUUUAAUAUAAUACACAUUUACAAAAAAGUGCAUUGUUUUUGAAUGGUGGUGUCCUGUAUGGAUCAUCAAUUCAUUGUUCUUCUUAGAAUAUUAUAAGGUAUAUUAGGCUAACAAAAUGUACAUUAAUAUUAGUUGUUGCAAAUAAAUGUAUGAGAAAAUGAGAAGAAAAACCCUGCAGAAAUGUGUGUUUGAAUAAAAGACUUGAUAAGAGAUGCAGUUGAACCUUUUCUGGGAGUGUAAAAAGCACUGAUAUCAAGAACCAGUGCUCAGCCAAAAUAUGAAAUAUGCAUGCACAGGCAUUUUGAUAUUCAUAUUUAAACAAGGAAACCCCACAUUGCUAAAAAAUCAAAAGCAUCUAUUUUUGCAAGGCUUCCGCUUAAUUCUUUGUAGAACAGUAAGCUUGGAAGUCUUAAGUUUGUGGAAAAAAACUUUCUACUGUGUUUGCACUUCCAUUAAAUCGUAAAAUGGGUUUAUACAUGACACAAUCACUUUGUUUAUUUACUGUACAUAAAUUCAUGUUGUGGUCAUUAAUCAUCUCCAAUGUGAACUGCAUUGUUGAUUUCAGUUCAAUGUCUUGCCAUGCUGACAGAAGAAGAAAUAAGGGCAAUGGCAGUGAGGCCUUCCAGCUGAUGUAACAUAAAUGCACAAACAUCUUGUUUCAAUGAUGUUUCUGCCUUUUGAAUCUGUAUGGAUUUGAACUGUUUGUUUGCUAAAAGCUGAUUCAAAUAAAUUAUAGAUGGAAAG